UGAAAAUCCAUGUUUAGGCGGAAGAGGAUGUUACUGGCAGUGAGUAUCAAACCUUUCACGAAUUGCAAGUAAGUCGCGUACAAUAUUGGAUGGGCAUGAUGGACAGUGAAGAAUUGGAGGAAUCGCCGCCAGAAUUUUCUGCCAGCGAAGACGAAUGGAGUCCACUGAAGGAUCGUGCUCCGUCAGCAAAGGAUGCAAAACCAACAGUAAACCAAAAGAAAGGAUUAAGCCGUGGCAAAGGUAUUUCGAAACCAGCAGCGCGGAAACCAACACGAGCAUCAAGGAGAAUAGCCAGCCGUUUGGGAAAAGUACUUUCCGAUUGCGAGACAGAGGCGAAACCUGACACCGAAGUACAAGACGAGUCAACGGAGUACGAGUCUUCGUCGGGGGAAGAACCACCUAAGAAACGUCCCGCUAAACGGCGUGUUCGCAAGUCUAGCUCGAGUCCAAAGGGGCCAAUUAAAUUGACUACAUUUACUGUGGAGGAACUUUAUCGUAAGUACCGGCCGGAUCUAGCAGCUGGUCCAUCCAAAAGUAUUACGACAUCUGAGCAAAAGGCAGUUAAACGGAAACCAGAGGAAGACGACAGCAGCGGGGAUGAUUAUUUGAUGGAUCCAGAUGAUUUGGAUCUGGAUUCGGAAUUUUUCAACCCAGUCAAAACUGCCGGGGAAGCAAAAGUGGAGUUUGAUUGUAAUGCUGGACUGGGUUCGGAUCAGUCUGACGAUGAGGAACCACUCAGUAGCGUUAAAAAGUUGGAUGAGAUUAGCCUGGAUAUCAAUCAGAAACUUAUCCGGCAAAUAAAUGAAGCUGGAUGUAAUUUGAUGAAUACCGUGAAAAUGAAAAAUUCGGCCGAUAAUCAGUUGGAGCAACCAAAGCUAGAUCAGUCGAAUGUUUCAAAUCUCUUGCUGGUUGGAGAGAAAAAUAAGAUUAAAAAAGACAUUUUGGAAUCCAAAAACGGUUUCGUUUCUGUUGAUGAGAAACAAACACAGGAGCAGCAUAAGGUGGUGGAAUUUACUAUCAAAUCCGAACUGGUUGAACACAGGAAACCCCAAAAGAAAAAGAUAGACCUGCUGACUGCCAUCAAACGACUAAUGAAUCGUGAGAAGCGCCAAAAUCAAAUAUACCUGCACAAAGUAUCCGUACUCUGUUCGAUCGGACAUGGAGUGUUUUUGAACAAAACUCUUAGCCAGAGUGAUUUGCUUGAACAAAUUGCAAAACGACUGCUGCCAUCGACUAACUGCCGACCGAAAGGUCUUACCAAUUUACUCUACUUUGAGCAAAUUACGCGAUACUUCAGAAAAGCGGUGAGAUUAAGAAAUAGCGAAUGGCAUUUCCGAUCUAGUAAGACGAACUGUCCGCCGCUGGCGGCUAUGCUUAAAUAUCAGAUCCUGAGAAAAGCAGCCUUCUCGAAGAGAGACUACAUUUUGCUGUUUCUGUUAAUGUUGCGCGCGUUGAGCAUCCACAGCCGGCUGGUAAUGUCCUUAGUGGUUCCAUCGAAGCAGGUGUCACCUAAUGAUUUGUACCGAAUGACGUCGCAAAAUCCGCAAGAUAUGGAAGCAGACCGUCGAUUGUUGCUGGAGUUUCAUCGAGCACCCAGGCAUAGUACAAUUUUUAAAGUGAAGGAAAAGCUUGCUAAUUUAGUCGAAAAAAGUUCGGCUGAAAUGCGCAGGAAAGCGGGCCGGAGGGGGCGUCUCGAGCGUGUGAUGGCUGCGAUUCCUCAAUUCGACGGAAGCGAUGAUAUUGUUAAAGCGGGACCUUCCAAAAGCAGCAACAGGCUGAAAUUAAUGCAGGAAUCUUUCCUGGACGUGAAGCAAAACUUAAAAACUAAACGACAGAAGAAAGCUGAGGAGCCUGCUUUUUCCGGAGAUUUAGAUGAAGUGGUUCGACGACGUAGAGAGAGUAUAUUGGCAGCAUAUCGUGCGUCUAAACAACUGAGGGUUAGCCAGUGUACAUCCGAUGAAGAUCAGCAGUACGUUGAGAUUCGGAACACCAAAGCAACGGGUCUUAGAAAAGCUCGACAGAACCGACCGGGAGUGGAUAUGUGGGUGGAAGUCUACUGCGAUAAUGAGGACAAGUGGAUUACGAUCGAUGUGCUUUCUGGGAGGGUGCACCGUUUGGAAGAGGUGGUUAACGCCGCCUCGCAGCCAAUUACGUACGUACUAGCAUGGAACAACGAUGGUACGAUCAAAGACGUUUCGCCUCGUUACAUAUCUCGUUUGGGUAGCAAGAAAACUAAGCUCCGAGUGGAUGACGCCUGGCUGGCAACGGCUCUCAGCCCAUAUCGAAUUCGCCGUACAUCGCGUCGCGAUCGCAGCGAGGAUUUGAAGUUCGACAAGUUGCUCAAUAAACGUCCGUUUCCCGUGCAGAUAGCCGAGUAUAAAAAUCAUCCACGAUUUGCAUUGGAACGGCAUUUACUGCGACAUGAAGCCAUCUAUCCGCGAGAUGCUGUCGUAUUGAGCCACAUCAAGGGCGAACCUAUCUAUCCGAGAGAUUGCGUGCACGCGUUACUAUCACGGGAAGGGUGGCUACGACAGGCUAAAACGGUUAAACUGUUCGAAGAGCCGUACAAAGUGGUUAAAGCCAAAGCCCGACUGGAUCGGUAUACAGGAACUUCGAUUAGCGGUGGUCAAACGGAACUGUUUGGCGCGUGGCAAGUUCAGGAUUAUGAGCCACCAGUGGCGCAGGGUGGCGUGGUUCCACGAAGCGCCUACGGAAAUGUGGAACUGUUCAGACCGUGCAUGCUGCCGAAAGGAACCGUCCAUCUGCAGCUGCCGGGUUUGAACAAAGUUUGCAAACGGAUACGGGUGGAUUGUGCCUCCGCAAUCACCGGGUUCGAGUUCCGAAACGGUGGCUGUCAGGCCGUGUACGAUGGGUACGUCGUUUGCGAGGAGUUUCGCGAUCAAGUGAUCGACGAGUGGUACCAGGAGCAGGUCGAGUUAGAGCGGAAACAGGACGAAAAGUGCAGGAAGCGAGUGUAUGGCAAUUGGAAGCGGCUUAUCGUUGGGUUGCUUAUAAGGAAGAAACUGAAGGAUCGAUACAAUUUCGAUAAUUUCUAGCAAUGUGAUGCAAAAAGGUUUGUGUUAAAUUAUUGUUUUUAUAGGCAGCUGCUUAGCGUU